UAGAUAGACAUCACUAUCAAUCAAUUACAAGAUUGUAGCUUAAAAAUUAGUCAACUACUAUUUAACAUUUAGUUGUAGGAGAUUCUGUAACUCGGAAUACUCCCAUUUCAUUGAAGUGAAUUCUUAUCAAAGUCCCGUGAAAAAAAUUAAAGCAAAACACAUGUAUUCUGAAUUAUUUCGGUAAUCAAAUGGCGUUCAGAUGAGACUCAAAUGAUAAAUCGUAAUCGAGUGUUCGUACGACUGCAAUGGGAGAUAAUCCAUGGAGUGGCCCACAAACCCCACAUUCAGGUGCGUGGAAUACGUCAGUAGCUCAGUAAGUGGACUUGGAAGACCAUGCAAAUUAUUUUGGUUUUAGUUUCGGUGCUGGUGGUUCUCCAGGGUAGAUGUCUCCACUGCCUGGACAUGAGUCACGGCCGGAUUUCUGGCGGGGAUCUAGCUGCUUUGAAUCAGUUUCCAUAUCAAGUGGGUCUAAGCAUUGAGGAGCCGAGAGAAAUGUUUUGUUGGUGUGGAGCCAGUUUGAUCUCCGAAUGGUAUCUCCUCACGGCAGCACACUGUGUGGAAAAUGCCGUGUCCAUCACAUUCUACUUGGGGGGAGAGCAACGACUGUCUCCUCGCCAGCUAAUUCGAUCCUCCUCUCCGAAAGUUCACCUCCACGCCGAUUGGAACUCCAAGACCUAUGAAAACGAUAUUGCCCUGAUCCGUCUACCCGAGGAAGCGAUUUUCAGUAGCUCCAUAAAUUCCAUAAGGUUGCCGGGACUAGCUUCCACAAAAACCAGCUAUGACUAUAUUCCAGCUACGACCUCCGGUUGGGGUCGCACAAACGAUGAUUCCACUGCCAUAUCCGAAAACCUUCGCUAUGUGGUUAGCUACGUAGAGUCUAACGAGGACUGUCGUUAUUCCUACCCGAACAUUAAAGCCACCAAUAUUUGCAUGGACACCACUGGCGGACGAUCCACCUGUACCGGUGACUCUGGCGGCCCUCUGGUUUACCGCGAUCCUGCACAGAAUACUGACAUACUUAUCGGAAUCACUUCCUACGGAAAGAAGACGGGAUGUACUAAGGGCUAUCCGGCUGUUUUCACACGUGUGACUUCCUAUUUGGAUUGGAUCCAGGAGGUGAGCGGGGUUGUCUACCCGUAGAGUGGCCCUCGAGGACCCUCGAAUCAAUCAGUGCUGGGCACUGAAAACACAAUUGAAUUAAAUGUUGAGCAUUUUAAAUAU